AUGGGUGGCAACGGCCCAGAGGUCCUGGUUACCCUGACUGAAGAUAUUGGCAAGAUCCUAGAAGGUCUUCACCGGACGAAGAUUGGCGGAACUUCACAUCUGGCCUCCAGCAUACAAGUUGCCUACCUAGCACUUAAACACCGAAAAGAAAAGGCUCAGAGACAGCGGAUUAUCGUCUUUUCCUGCUCCCCGGUUGUUGAAGACGAAAAGUCGUUUGUCAAGCUAGCGUUGAAGAUGAAGAAGAACAAUGUUAGCAUUGACUUUAUUGCUUUUGGCGAGCUUGAUUCAGAGACGACGAAGAAACUAGAAGCCUUCCACGAGGCUGUCAACAGCGGAAAUGGAUCAAAUCUGGUCAUCAUACCUCCCGGCCCUAACCUCCUCAGUGACUCGAUUCUCCCAACCCCGAUCCUUGGAGGACGCGGUAUGGCAUCGCAUAUGGAGGGAGGAGAGGAUGUUGGCGGCGGCUCAUUUGACUUUGGAAUUGACCCCUCUGCCGAUCCUGAGUUGGCAUUUGCUCUACGCAUGUCUUUGGAGGAAGAAAAAGCAAGAUUAGAGAAGGAGAAGCAGGAGAAGGAAAAACAGGCCAAGGAGUCCAUGGAUAAGAUUCCGGAAGAGGGCGGGGAGGCCAGUGGCAGCGGAAGCGGGAAGAAAGAUAAUGAUAAGAAACAAGGUGACGGAGAUAAGAUGGAUACGUCGUGA